AUGACGAGCAGCAAUCGAAGCCAAGUGUAUCAAUCUUUUCCUAUAAAUACCCAUAUCCCUCGACUGCCAGAAGCAGAGGCUCUCCUGACAUGGAAAGCCAGCCUCUUUCCAUCACAAGCUCUCCACUCAUGGUCACUUCCUGAUACUAAUGCUACCACCAACACAAUCUCUCCAUGCAAAUGGAUUGGGAUCUCAUGCAACAGCCUUGGAAGUGUAACAGAGAUAAGCCUACCGACUGCGGGCUUGCGAGGUAAGCUUGAUAACUUGAGCUUCCCGUCAUUUCCAAACCUCGUUCAUCUCGAUCUCAGUGGCAACACUCUCACUGGUACCAUCCCAGGCCAUAUUGGCACUCUUUAUAAACUCACAUCACUCAAUCUGUCUUUAAAUAGUAUAAGUGGAUCAAUACCUCUAGAAAUAGGGAAUCUUGUGAACUUGAAUGAGAUAGACUUGUCCAAUAACCAUCUAGAUGGUUCCAUCCCUUCCACUUUUGGAAAUCUGACAAAGCUUUCCAUCUUGUACCUGGACCAAAAUCGAAUCUCUGGCUCCAUUCCUCCACAAAUUGGGAAUCUACAAAAUCUGGUUAGGUUGUCGUUGUUCCAAAACAAUCUGACUGGUCCAAUUCCUCCUGCUUUGGGUAAUUUGUCCAUGCUCACAAUUUUGUCUUUAUACGAAAAUAAGAUUUCAGGCCAAAUUCCUGCAGAAUUAGGGAAUCUCAAGAAUUUGGUUGGGAUAGCAUUGUCCCGAAAUAAUCUGACUGGUCCCAUCCCUCCUGCUUUGGGUAAUUUGAGAAACCUUACACUGUUGUUCCUCUACAGCAAUCAAAUUUCUGGUUCAAUUCCUCCACAAUUUGGAAAUUUAAUGAAUCUCGACAAUCUUGAUCUGUCCAAUAACAGUCUAACAGGUUCUAUCCCUCCUACUUUUGGAAAAUUGACAAAGCUUACUUUUUUGUCCCUUGUUGACUGUCAAUUAUCUGGUUCCUUGCCUCAAGAGAUGACAAACAUGACAAAUCUUUCUAAAUUCUACUUGAGUGGAAACAACUUCUCUGGCUAUUUACCUCAGUUAUGCCAAGGUGCAUUGCUUGAAGUCUUCAAUGCAUUUGACAACCAUUUCACUGGUGAGAUCCCAAAAAGCUUCAGAAAUUGCACUAGCUUAACAAGAGUGCGACUCAACGGAAACCAACUUACGGCAAAUGUAUCAGAAGCCUUUGGUAUAUACCCACAUCUCACAUUCAUGGAUGUCAGCGACAACAUGUUGUUUGGUGAACUCUCGCCAAAUUGGGGAAGAUGCCAAAACUUGACAAUGCUACGACUCUCCGGGAACAUGAUCACCGGUAGAAUUCCUCCUGAGAUUGGGCAGUUGAUGCAGCUAAGUGUCCUUGGUCUUUCUUCAAACCAGCUGGUAGGUGAGAUUCCUAAGGAAUUUGGGAGGCUGACUUCUUUGUUCAACUUAACUUUAAAUGAAAACCAGCUUUCUGGUCAGAUACCCCAAGAGAUUGGAAAACUAUCCAAUUUGGAGGUUCUUGACUUGUCGAUGAAUCACCUAAGUGGUCCAAUACCACCUCAAUUAGGUGAUUGCUCCAAACUCCAAUAUCUGAAAUUAAGCCAAAAUGUUUUGAAUGGAAGCAUUUCUUUUCAGAUCGGUAACCUCGUAUACCUACAGGGCUUACUAGAUCUAAGUCAUAACUCCCUCAAUGGAGAGAUAUCACCACAACUCGCAAAAUUGGUUAGGCUGGAAAAGUUAAAUCUCUCCCACAACAUGCUGUCAGGCUCCAUUCCACCUUCUUUUCAAGAGAUGGUGAGUUUGCAAUCCAUUGAUUUUUCAUACAAUGCUUUGAAAGGUCCGCUUCCCAAAAGCAAAAGCUUUCAAAAGGCUCCUGCAGAGGCAUUCAUAAAUAAUAAGGGCUUAUGUGGUGAAGUGCAAGGUUUGAGACCUUGCAAUACCUCUUCAAUCAGUCAUGGCGAUGUGAAGAAAGGACAUAGAGUUGUGGUCUUCAUUAUUCUUCCUCUCUUGGUGGCGUUGUUUAUGUUAUUUGUAAUCCUUGGCAUUUCUUCCAUUUAUUGCCAAGGAAGAAAAAAUAUAGUGAAAGGAGUUUUUGAGAGGAGCACUGGAAAUCCAUUUUCAAUAUGGAAUUAUGAUGGAAUUGCUGUGUUUGAAGACAUCGUGGAGGCAACAGAGGGUUUCGAUGACAAAUACUGCAUUGGAACUGGAGGGUACGGAAAAGUUUACAAAGCAAAUCUACCGAUGGGCCAAGUAGUAGCUGUGAAGAAACUUCGUCAGCUAGGAGCUUUAUGGCUUUUGCUCCCAUGCUCGAUGCUCAUUUCUAAUCUAUGA